AUGUUGGACAGUUCAUCCCUUGAGGUAAUAUCACGAUUUAAGCAAGCUCUCUUAUCUAAACAAGAACAAGAGAAACAACAAAAACAGCCAUCAUCACUGUCACAACACUCUCACCAACAAGAAGAACCAUUAAUCAAAGAAUCAUUGCCAACAUAUAAUAGAGGAUACAAACUAGAUAAUAGAGACAGCUCAGAUAGUUCAUACAUUCUUAACCCGAAAGUGGUUGAAUAUGAAAAUAAACAACAUUUGGUCUUAACCAAUGAAGCAAUAGAACGAGGUAAUAAUAAAAAUAAAAGAAGAUGGAUACAAACAUUUAUACCACCCCAAGAUCGAGAACAACUGGAAGAUGACCAAUUCACUUCAGAAAGUGACGAUGAUAACGAUUCAUCGGAUGAUGAGCAUCCACUUAAAAGAUUAAAAUUAACCGAAAUUUUAGCUCCUUUGAAUCAUCCUUCUGAAAUAAUCACUCAUCCAGCAAUUGGAAAAACUUAUAAACUGCCAGUUUUUAAUAAAUUAGCAUUAGAAUUGAUUGAAUUGAUUGAAGUUGAACAAAAUAAUUUAAAUUGGUUGAAUAAAUUAUUACAAGUUUUGAAUGGAGAAGAUUGGUUUUAUUUAUUGGAUGAAAAUAUUGGAUUGAAAGAAUAUGAUCAUGGAUUGGAUGAAGAAAAGACAGCUGCUAUACAAGCUAAAUUGACAGCAGCUGCAGCUUCAGCGGCUGCUACUACCACAACUGAGGAAGCAAAAGCAAAGACGAAGUCGGCUACUCCUGUGUCAACUACCCAAGCUGUUGAAACUGCUAAUUCAUCCCAAACGAAUACUGUCUCUCCAGCACCACCUCCAACUACUGCUAAUGAAGACGAAGCUAUCAACUCUGCAAAGAAGGAUAGCACACCCGUAGUAUCUUCGGCACCGACUGAAAAAGAGGCAACUGUUGGCUCGUCGGGUGCCGUAGAAGAACCUAAACAAGAAACCCCUGAGUCUGAUACUGAAUCCGUCACUGAUCCCUUCUUUGCCCUUCCAGAAGCACUUCGUCGUUAUGAAUUAUUUCAACAACAAUUAACUGAUCCUAAUGAUAAACUAGCCAACCUUAAAGAAGACUUGAUUAAUUAUCUUCAAGUGAGCAUCCAGAGACAACAUGAAUACAUCAAAAAUUUAACGAAUUUAAGAAAUGGUAUUGUAAGAGCUGAAAGAUUAAAGAAGGAUUUAUAUAAAUGGGGGAAAGAAAUGCAUGAUAAAAAGAGUAGUUAG